CACACACACACACACACACACACACACACACAUGUACAUACACACACAUACAUGUACAUACACGCAGACACAUGUACAGAUAAACAAAUGUACAUACACACAGACACACACAAACAAACACACACCUAUAAAAUGCUCCAGUACUUCGUUGUUCACUCACAGAGCCGGGUACUGCACUCUAGGGGAAGGCAGAGAGCACAGCACACACUCCUUCCUUUGCUUUCACUGCGCUCAACUAUUGAGCAGUCUGACGGCUCCAAGUGCCAAUGACAGAUCCGGCCUGAGCUCCGAG